UUAUUAGACACAUUUCCUGCUACGCUGUCAGCCUGGAGCACACCUUUCCCACUACCUUACCAGUAGCUAACCUGAGGCUUACCUGUAUUUGACCUGUGGCUCAGCCAGGAGUGCAGAUGUACCUUUCUGUUCACUGCUUUCUGGGUUACUUUUUGGAUUCUCUGAACGUUGAGCUAUCUGGUGCUCAGGUGUAUACCUGACCAAACAGUUUUUCGUGUUACCUGUAGGUUAGUAGUAAGUUAACGCUAGGUUACCUGUGGUCCAGGUGUGUUUUCUGUCUCUGGGUUACCUGUCUGUUGGAGAGCCAUGGUUGGGUGUAGCUGGCUGUGGAGCCAUAGGAACUACCUCAUUAUCUUCCUCACCCCACUUCUCCCUCCUGCCUCUGCCUCUGCUCACCCCCACCACAGGCUAAGUGUGGCUAUGCUAUCAUCCUGAUGGCACUGUACUGGUGUACAGAGUGUAUGCCCCUGGCUGUGACUGCCCUACUGCCUGUUAUCCUCUUCCCUAUGAUGGGCAUCAUGGAGUCUGGAGCAGUGUGUGUCCAGUACCUAAAGGACUCUAACAUGCUGUUCAUCGGUGGUCUGUUGGUGGCCAUCGCUGUUGAGAACUGGAAUCUUCACAAACGCAUCGCCCUCCGAGUACUACUAGUGGUGGGGGUACGACCGGCACUGCUGAUGUCGGGGUUCAUGGGUGUGACAGCCUUCCUUUCCAUGUGGAUCAGUAACACAGCCACCACAGCCAUGAUGGUGCCCAUCGCCCAGGCUGUGCUAGGACAGCUGUGUGCCACAGAGGCCAGGCAGGAUGAGCGGGAGCUGCAGGUUGAAGGGAAAGACAACCAGGCCUUCGAACUGGACACGAAAGCACCCCAAAAAGAAGAGAUCAACACCAAACAGGACCUCGUCAAGAUUCAGCAGGAUCAUAUGUACAAGGAUGAGGAGAGGGAUGCGGACUCACCUCUGGAGAGGAGAAGAAAAGAGAGAGAGUUGAAGUACCAGCUCUUGACUAAAGGGAUGAGUCUGAGUGUGUGCUACUCUGCCAGUAUCGGAGGCACAGCCACCCUCACUGGCACCACACCCAACCUCAUCCUCAAGGGACAGGUGGACGAGCUCUUCCCAGGUAAUGGCGAUGUGAUCAACUUUGCGUCGUGGUUUGGCUUUGCCUUUCCCAACAUGGUCAUCAUGCUUAUCCUGUCCUGGCUCUGGCUGCAGUUCAUGUACAUGGGCUUCAACAUGAAGAAGUCAUUUGGCUGCGGGAAGAAGAACGAGGGAGACAAGGAGGCGUUCGCAGUGAUGAAGGAGGAGUACAGGAAGCUGGGGAGCGUGACCUUCGCCGAGGGGGCUGUGCUGACCAUCUUUGUCCUGUUGGUGGUGAUGUGGUUCACCAGAGAACCAGGCUUCAUGCCAGGCUGGGCCACUGUACUGUUUAACAUGGAUGGAGCGUUUGUGACAGACGGGACUGUUGCCAUCUUCAUGUCCUCGCUCUUCUUCAUUAUCCCCUCAAGGCCGUUCUGCCGUGGGAGUGCUGAGGAAGAGGAGGGAGAGGCUGGGGAGGAAGGUAAGAAGAAGCAAAAGGCCCCAGCUGCUCUGUUGAACUGGCAAGUGGUCCACGAACGCAUGCCCUGGAAUAUCAUCCUAUUGCUGGGAGGAGGUUUUGCUUUGGCCAGCGGUAGCGAGGCAUCUGGUCUGUCUCAAUGGCUGGGUGAGAGUCUAGCUCCUCUACAGUCCAUUCCUCCCUUCGGUAUCUCUCUGCUACUCUGUCUGUUGGUGGGGACCUUCACUGAGUGCUCCAGCAACACAGCUACUACCACACUGUUCCUGCCCAUACUGGCCUCUAUGGCCACAGCUAUUGGGCUGCAUCCUCUGUACGUGAUGCUGCCCUGCACCAUCUGUGCCUCGUUGGCUUUCAUGUUGCCUGUGGCAACACCUCCCAAUGCCAUCGUCUUCUCCUAUGGAAAUCUCAAAGUCAUGGACAUGGUGAAGGCAGGCUUCAUGCUGAACAUGAUCGGGAUCCUGACCAUCAACCUGGGCAUCAACACCUGGGGAGACGCAAUGUUCCAGCUCAGCACCUUCCCUGACUGGGCCAACAUCACACAUGGGAUCAAGCCCUGAGAGGGGGGGGAGAGAGAGGCGGGAGGAAGGACGAGGAUGGAGGGAGGAUUUUGAUAUGAGCACCAAAGAGCGCAAGGGAGGGAGAGAGAGAGGCAGGCAGGCAGACAGUACCAGUCAAAAGUUUGGACACACCUACUCAUUC